UUACGUGAUAGUCUGCCGCGCGCACCAUACCUGCGGCAUUUUGUGUGCCGUAUACUUGGCGUCAAUCUCGGUCCUCAGAGCCAACAAGAGCCAAGCGACUGACCCCAUGGCUCUGGUCGGAAGCGGCCAACUAUACAUAAGGGUCGUCAGGGCCUACGACAUGGUGGACUCGAAGUACCCGUUCGACUCCUUCGUUGUCAUCCGCCUUGAAGACAGCAGGAAAAAACUGCAGACGCCCCUGUUCAAGUGCUCUAGAACGCCGGAGUGGCACAGCGAGUUUGUCGCCUUUUUGAGUGACCUUCGAACCAAGGUACACCUGAAACUCUACAAACAAAAAAUCAUAGUCAAAAAAAACAUCGGUGUUACCUCCUUCAAUGUCAGGGACAUAGCUGCCAACGAGCUGACGAGCAUGGUGCUCUCGCUGAACACCGCGGGCUGCAUCCAAGUGAUCCUUCACUUCCUCCCCCUGAGUACGAACAUUGUUCCCUUCGCGUACAAGAUGCCGACGCUGCGCCUCGUCGUGUCCGGCGACAGGUUCUUUUCGAACGCCCCCCUCUACGGAAUUCUGUACUACGCCAGGCACAACACCAACAAGGUCAGCGAGAUCUCUCUCUCCAUAACGGGUAAGAGCAAAUUUGUGUACCACACGCACAGCGGCGCCGGCCGCUACCAGAGUCACGUAGAGAAGGCCGUCUUUCUCGACAAGAAAAUCCUCUUCUUCGACUACAGCCUCAGCGGCUCCAAGUUGGAGCCGGGCCUGUACGCGUUUCCGUUUUUGUACGUACUUCCGAAGAGCACUCCUCCGAGCUUCAGCGACUCCGAUAUUUCGAUUGAGUACGAAAUAUCUGCCACCGUCUCUAAGCACAACGAGAAGUCCCUGAAGCACAGGCCGACCGUCUUCGUUGAGUACGACGCCUUGAACGCCAGUUGCAUGCUCGAGCCCAAAUUCAAAAAGGGCAAACUGACCGCCGCGCUUUCCCAGCCCCCGAAACUCUUCGUCGGCGAGCGAAAUCCGGUCACUCUGUCGAUUGAAAACCAUAAUGAAAAGCCGGUCAGAAAGUUGACCUUGAAGUUGAGUUACAAAAUCUGCGCGUACUUGAACCAAUCUUGUUAUGGCUUCUCGAAGAAUACCCCAAUGCGGACCAUUCGGAAGGAGGUGUGGCGCGAAAAGCGCAUCGUGAACAUCCUUCCGCAGACGAGCCUCUGCGUCACCUUCGAAAUUUUCAUUCCGUUGGACAGCCCUCCCAGCGCCUUCAGGGAGUCAUCCAGCCUCAUUGAUCUGAAGUAUUUCUUGAACUUUCGUUGCAAAGCGUACAAAAAAAAAAAAUUCAAAAAGGUCAACGUCAUCGUUUCUGCGCGCAGCACCUACCCCUCUUUCGUGUACGCGGCAGAUUCCUUGAACCCGGACAUUCAGCCCAUGCGGUUGAGCAACGACUUGAUUGGAGCCUACACAAUUUACAGGUACCCUACGAGCAGACCGCUGUCGGUGGUUUCGUACGAAGACUUGCCCGAUGCCAUAGCGAAGGACUCCAUGACGUUUCCUCGAUAAACGCCUCCGAGAAUGCGCGCGCGCGGA